GCGGCGCCGACCAUCCGGGGUCGGCCGCGGUGCCGCCCGCGUCGGAGACGGACUCCGCCAACUCCCCCUGGGAGAGGCGGCGGGACGGCGGACGCGCCGGCCCGUGCGCCUUGGGGCGUGCGCUCGGGGGACGCGGCGAGUGUGGGGGAGGGGCGGCCGGGCGGAAGCCUGAACCCCGGCGCCGCUCUGCGUCCCUGUGCCUGUGGGCGCGGCCGGUCUUCCUUCCCCCCAAGGGCUGGAUUGAAGCGUGAACUCGCUGGGAUGAUGCCUAGAGUCUCUGUCUCUCUCAGCAGGGUGUGGUCGUCGUUUUGGGGGGCGUAGUGUGAGACUACAUCUCCGAUGGGCAGACUGCCCUGGCCUUGGGGCACUAAAUGCCCCCCCCAGCCGUGUGUGACAAAUGCCAGAACACCCCACAAACUAUCAGAUGUUGGCAGCUCUUCUCCCCAAAGCAGGGACUUUAGGAGCUUCCUGGGUUUGAAUCUUGGGAGCCUCAGAGGUUCCUCUCUGUACCUCGCACCGUGACUGUGAAGUUUAGUGUUUCUGUGAAGACCUGGUUGUCUCCAGAGACAAUUCCACCCAGCAGCACGUCACCGAAAAGGACUUGCCAAGCCAGACGAUGCCCACUGACCUGGGACAGGCCCUAGGCCAGCUGCCAUCACUGGCGAAGGCCGACUCCCUGUUCUCUGGAACAGAUGCUACCUCUCAAGGGGAGCUCUCCAGCCCUGAGACUGCACGCCAGCUUUUCAGGCAGUUUCGUUACCAGGUGAUGUCUGGGCCCCAUGAGACCCUGAGACAACUGCGGAAGCUCUGUUUCCAGUGGCUGCAGCCGGAGGUUCACACCAAGGAGCAGAUCCUAGAGAUCCUCAUGCUGGAGCAGUUUCUCACUAUCCUGCCUGGGGAGAUCCAGAUGUGGGUGCGGAAACAGUGUCCAGGCAGUGGAGAAGAGGCAGUGACCCUUGUGGAGAGCUUGAAGGGAGAUCCCCAAAGACUCUGGCAGUGGAUCAGCAUUCAAGUUUUAGGACAGGAAAUCUUAGAGAAGAUGGAGUCUCCAACCUGCCACCUGGGGGAAGUGGAGCCACAUCUUGAAGUGGUGCCUCAGGAGUUGGGACUUCAGGAUUCCCCCUCAGGGCCUGAGGAGGUGCUGAGCCACAUCGUGAAAGAGGAAUCUGACACAGAACCAGAAUUAGCUCUGGCUGCUUCCCAGCUUCCUUUCCGACCUAAGGAAAGGCUCAUCCGAGACCAGGACUUUGGAGCCUCACUUCUCCCAACAGCACCUCAGGAGCAGUGGAGACACCUGGAUUCUACUCAAAAGGAGCAAUAUUGGGAUCUCAUGCUGGAGACCUAUGGGAAAAUGGUCUCAGGAGCAGGCAUUUCCAAUUCCAAACCUGACCUGAUUAAUUCAACAGAAUAUGGGGAAGAGCUGGUAGGACUGCAUCUUCAUGUCAAUGAGAAGAUCCCAAGACCCACCUGCAUAGGAGAUAGACAAGAGAAUGACAAAGAGAACCUAAACUUGGAAAAUCAUAGGGACCAGGAACCUCUGGAUUCCUCCUGUCAAGCCUCAGGAGCAGCACCUUCUCAGGCUUCUUUGAGGGGCUUCUUUAGUGAGGAUGAGCCAGGGUGUUUUGGAGAAGGAGAGAAUCUCCCUCAGGCUCUGGAGAACCUCCAGGGAGAGGAGACAGGGGGACAGCUCUCUCCUCAAGAAAGGAAUUCUGGGAAGCAGCUAGGUCAGCAUUUGUUUAAUCCUCAUCCAAGAGAACUGUCCACCAUGUGGCUUGACGAGAAGAGAGAGGCCUCCCAGAAAGGGCAGCCGAGAGCCCCCAUGGCCCAGAAACUCCCCACCUGCAGAGAGUGUGGGAAAACCUUUUAUAGAAAUUCUCAGCUUAUUUUUCACCAAAGAACUCACACCGGAGAGAAAUACUUUCAGUGCUCCAUCUGCAAAAAGGCCUUUCUGCGGAGUUCAGACUUUGUGAAACAUCAGAGAACUCACACAGGAGAGAAGCCCUGUAAAUGUGAUUACUGUGGGAAAGGCUUUAGUGACUUCUCAGGAUUGCGCUACCACGAGAAAAUCCACACAGGAGAGAAGCCCUAUAAAUGUCCUAUCUGUGAGAAAAGUUUUAUUCAAAGAUCAAACUUCACUAGGCAUCAGAGGGUUCACACAGGAGAGAAACCUUAUAAAUGUUCCCACUGUGGGAAAAGUUUCAGCUGGAGCUCAAGCCUUGACAAACAUCAGAAAUCCCACUUAGGGAAGAAGCCCUUCCAAUAGCCAAACUCUCUUAGCCUAUUUCUCUGUUCCAGUCCAUUUAAAAAACACUCAGCUCUAUCUGGAGGAAUUGCAUCUAUGAGAUGAUAUCUGUUCUCUCUCUUCUUCAUGGACUGGAGAGGAGAGAACACAGACAUGGUGUUGGACUUGGAGGAUAUAUGUUGGCCUCUGGAUUGAAUUAAUAUCUUGCUUUUGCAUCAGGAGAAAGAAAGUUCUUCUUGUUUCAGCUCAUCUCCUUUUUUGGACCCCUUGAGAAAAAAAUCUCAAUUGGAGAUCCUGUUUUAGAAGUGCUAUCUGGGAAGAGUUGAAUUCAGGUAGCUGCAGUCACUGCUGAUGGGAAGAAAAUUGGUCAGCCCUUUAGAACUGGGGUGCUAGAGCAGCUCUUCUGUUACAGAAGGGGAAGCAUAGGAGGCCAGUUUUCUUUGUCAGAUGGGUGAAAAAUUAACUUCAAGUGCCCCUUAUUCAAAAUAAACGUAGAGUCACUUCCUA